UUUACCACUGGAGAGAAACUCCAGUCGUUUCAAGAACGCGUAGGUCGGUCGAAGCUUGGACGACAUUCAACCGCAGGAAUGGACGCCGCAACUUUCUUAGUGGGGGUUGCAGCACUGGUUCUAGUGCUGAAGGUGGGCGCGUGCACGACAGAAAGCUGCAGUAUGGAGGACGCAUCCGGUUGCAGCGGUGGUACUCAUCGCAGCAUAAUGACCGACUCGAGGUGGCAAGGAUACCUCGACCUUAUUGCCUCCAGCGUUGCCGAAUACGGAGGUUGCGUUGGGGAACGCUGCGAUUGUCUCGGUGAUCAGAUAGCGCAAGACCUGAUGGUGUGGCGGGAGAGAGGUGGGAUUGAUAUCGCCGAAUUUGAGCAAGCGAAGGCGAGAAGAGGCGGGGUACACUAUCAAAUAGUAAAUCAUACUCUGUACAGAGAAGAGGAGUGUAUGUUCCCCUCAAGGUGCAAGGGAAUAGAGCACUUUAUCCUGAAGAUCAUCCAUGGCCUGCCUGAUGCAGAGAUGAUUGUUAAUGUCAGGGACAACCCUCAGUCCCCAACCUACAGUGGCCCUUUGCCAAUCCUCUCAUUCAGCAAGACCUCUGCCAAUUAUGACAUAAUGUAUCCAGCCUGGACCUUCUGGGCUGGCGGGCCUGCCAUUAGUACAGAGCCUAAAGGUCUGGGGAGAUGGGACUUGAAAAGAAAGACAAUUGCUGAAUCUAGUGAUAAUUGGUUGUGGGAGGAUAAAAGAACAAUUGCAUUCUUUAGAGGAUCAAGGUAUUUCCUGGAGGUAAUCUCAUAUCCCCUUCAAUUAGAGUCCAUAUGCUCCAUUAUGGUUGGUAUUGUCCAAGCUAAGCAGUAGUCUUUAGAUAAAGGGUUGUCAUUGUCAGAGGCUUUUUAUAGGAGGAUCUAAGUAUGGAGCAUUGUUUUGUAAUACACUUGUCUACAUAGCACUUUUUAUCUGUGUGUGGGCACGCCUGCCCGGCGCCCUGCUGGCGCUAUGUGUGUGUGUGUGUGGGGUUAGAACCAGCUCAGACAGGGACCCACUUGUGUUGCUGUCUCGAAGAAGACCGGAACUGGUGAACGCUGCUUACACAAAAAACCAAGCAUGGAAAUCUGACAAAGACACGCUGGGAGCUCCAGCGGCAGAUGUAGUCACACUUGAAGACCACUGCCAGUACAGGUAUCUCUUUAAUUUCAGGGGAGUUGCUGCCAGCUUCAGACUCAAACACCUCUUCCUUUGCAAGUCGCUCGUGUUCCACGUCGGGGACGAGUGGGAGGAAUUCUUCUACCCAGCCCUGCGGCCAUGGAUCCACUACGUCCCAGUCCCAGUGGACCUGGGAAAUAUCGAGGAGCUACUGGAGUUUGUCAGGGAAAAUGACGAGGUUGCCCACGAUAUAGCUGAGAGGGGACAUGACCUGAUCUGGGCUCACCUGACAAUGGAGACAGUGGAGUGCUACUGGUCGGAGCUACUCAAAGAAUACGCCGCCCUUCUGAACUGGAGCAUUCGCAAGAACCCUGCGCUCAAACUAAUCCAUUGAUUGUAUAUAUGCAGUUGUCAAUGAAAUAAUGCCCGGCCAAUUUUUGGUUACCACU